UUUCACUGAGCUCUUGCGGAAGUACUGACGUGUUCGCAGUGGGACAGCACGAGCGUUAGCUAGUUAGCUAGUUAGGUAGAGCCUGUGUAGAGCCGAGUGACACAGCGGCAGAACCGGGUAAGAGAAAGACAGAAUGUCAGAAGGAGACAGCGUCGGUGAUUCGAUCCAUGGGAAACCUUCAACGAUCGGACGCUUUUUCACAAGGCUUGGGCAGAUCUAUCAAUCAUGGUUAGACAAGUCAACGCCGUUCUCUAUUGUGCGGUGGGGAGUCACACUUCUACUAACGGCCAUCUACAUGAUCAGAGUGUACAUACUACAGGGAUGGUACAUAGUCACAUACGCGCUGGGCAUCUACCACCUCAACCUGUUCAUCGCGUUCCUGUCACCCAAAGUGGACCCGUCUCUGCUUGAUGACGGAGACGAGGGUCCGUCGUUGCCCACCAAGCAGAAUGAGGAGUUCCGGCCUUUUAUUAGGAGACUACCCGAAUUCAAGUUCUGGCAUUCGGCGACGAAAGGCAUCGUCAUCGCCAUGAUCUGCACGUUCUUCGAAGCCUUCAACGUGCCCGUCUUCUGGCCCAUACUGGUCAUGUACUUCAUCAUGCUCUUUUGCAUCACCAUGAAGAGGCAGAUCAAGCACAUGGUCAAGUACAGAUACCUACCCUUCACUCACGGGAAGAGAACAUACAGAGUUGUAGUGUGUGAUCCACAACCCAACCUUCCUCCCUCCUCCCUUUCAGAACCCAUUACUUUAGAGGACACAUGAACAUUGAGUGGUUUAAAUAUUACAAAAGGACGGAGAGGGUUGAAACCUGAGUUUAUUUUUUCCUUUUUUUUCUCCUUUUUUUUUUGGAUGGGGGAGGGGGAUACUGGGACGGGUCUUGAGCAGAGGAUCAUAUGCUAACAGCUAAUCUAGAUAUUUUUUUUCACAAGUUUUCCUGGAGGAGAGAAAACGUAAUCAACACUGUAGUUAAGGAUCAAAACAUUUUUCCUCUGAUAGUGCAUCAUGUUUUUAAGGGUUGUUUUCAGGAUUUUUACAUAAAUAUAUUUUAAAGGUAAUUUUUUUUUUUGUUCUUAAGACACACUGCUGUUUUUCCAAGUGUUAAAAGUAAUUCUGUGUCAUAUAAACCAAUCAAAAUGAAAUGGUAAAAAAUUGGAUACAAGAUUUGUAAAUUGUUUCUCAUGAAAGAAAUUGCAUGUGGUUGGUUUACUUGUGCCGCUGACCAGAACCAGGAAAAAAAAAAAGAUUUUAAUAACUCAAAGUGUAAUUUUUAUCACUCCAAAUGCUAUUAAAACAACGGUGUCUCCUCA